UUUUGGUUUAAAGAAUCGGUUUUUUCAAGACGCCAUCAAAUGGGCAUUAUAGCGGGCAUCUUAAUCAAUAUAUCCUUUGGCGUACUUCAUGUUUAUUAUUAAUGUCAAACAUUUGCAUCUAAUUGUAAAUUUAAACCAUUGUAAGGAAAUAAAACAAUAAAAUACCUGUACAUAAGAGCUAUCAUUGACUAUUUGUAUAGGAGAAGAAAAAACCAUCACUUCGCUGACAAUAUGAAAACAUAUUCCGAAUGUAUACGCACACCUUCCCAAAUCCAAUUUCCUGAACUUUUUUCCUUUUCUUGCUCUGCUCAACAGUUACAUGAACUACAAGCAUCAGUAUUAUCUUAUGGAAAACUCAACUUACAUAAUCAAAAGAAGCCGAGAACCUUGUGGGCUGAUCAGCUGUCAAAAUUAACCUUACCGAAGUACUACUUUUGCCAUUUUUACGUGAUUGGUUUAGCAACGUCUGUCAUCUGUCUGAUCGAAAUGCUAGCAUGGACACAGUACAAUAAACCGCUUUUAUUGAUCAGCUUACUACAGCGAUUUGACAACGAUGUUGGAAGUCGACAUUUAUCCUUACGCCAAUGUACAGUGGGGUUUACCUUAAUGACAAUUCACCUCAUACGACGUGUUUAUGAGUCAUUUUUGGUUGAAAGGCCUUCGAAAACUGCCACUAUGCAUUUUUCUCAUUAUUUAAUAGGAGUAGGAUUUUAUGGUGCUAUGGUGUUGGGCACGUGGUUAGAAGGCGCCUCCAAUUUUGAAAUAUGGUCGCAUCAAUCGGCCAGAUAUGAUAAUGAGAGCCAACGUGAUGGUUCUUUUGAGAAUAUAACCAUGGUAUUUUCCAUUUUACUAUUUCUCUAUGCCACAUACCACCAAUAUCGAUGUCAUUCUAUCCUCGCCUCACUUCGUCAAAAAUCCUCCGCAUCUACGGAAACUACUGCCAUCUCAAAAAACGGUUAUUCUAUCCCUAAAGGUGAUUGGUUUGAUAUACUUGUCACCCCACAUUAUUUUGCAGACAUCUUAAUCUAUGUUUCUCUCAAUAUCCUUUACCAUUUCAACAAUUACAUAUUUCUCUGUGGGCUUAUCUGGACGAUUGUCAAUCUCUCCAUCACAGCCAAUGAAACCAAGCAAUGGUAUGUCAGACACUUCCAAAAUGCAUUUCCGAAAGACAGAUAUAGGAUUAUACCCGGCUGUUAUUGAUGGUUUUUGUCUCUUUUAUUCCUAACUUCUAUAUUACAAAAUUUUGGGUCUUCUUCAUUGAUACAUAAAAUCACACAUUAACAUUAAUUGAUAAAGAGCAACCUAAUUGUGUGGAGAAAAUUUCGUAAUGGUGCCUGUAAUGGUAUCGCUUUUGCUUUUGGUUGUUUAUUUGUUCUUUGUGAAUCUGUAGUUGAAUCGUUUUCUUGUGAA